GAGGGUUAGAGGAAGCUUGUCCGCCCGGUAGUCGGAGCGGAGGAGGGGGACUCGACAGCGAGAGCGAGCCGCUGACGGACGCCGAAAUAUCUCCACCAGCGGCACGACGAAAAGCCCUCACUUCUCCCAUGAUUCGCAUUGGGUCACAUUCAGACUGGACCAUGUAACUGUUGUCAGAGGCUGUUGCCCUCUAAUGCUCGAGGAACUCUCCACACUUCUCAAGAAUGUAUUUGAUGAAUGUACCUCCUAUCGCAGCGACGGAAACAGAAUGGAGACGAUGUGGAACAUCUGGAGGCUAUAGCCUUCCAGUUUGCUUCAAUGACUCUGACACAGACUUGUCCACCAGAGGCACACCAAUCUCAAAUAAGGUCCAGAUGAUCAUAGAGAGCCUCAGGAGCAGCCAGUCCUCACUCGAGAUGGGCGAUGAGAUCAAGGCAAACAUGCUACCAGGACAGGAGCGCCAUACGCAAGUGUGCAAGGCUGCAGUGGGUAACUAUGUGGGAGCCAAGUUGAAAACAAAAAGGCCCACUGAAAACCCACACGCCCAUUUUUCUUCCACGACAAAACAUGAUAGCAGUGACUCCGACAGUGAUGAUUCAGUAGACAGAGGAAUUGAGGAGGCAAUAAUGGAGUACCUGAAAGAAAAGGAUGGUCACAAACGCAAGGCUGGAACAUCUUCCACUUCCCAUCAGUCGUCCAAAAUUCCAAGGAAGAAUCCACCGCCCUUUGAGUUUGCCAAGCAAAACUCUGAAGGCAACUCGUCCUUCAUAUCCAGUAGAAAGUUCCCAGUAAAUAUGAAAUCAGAGACUCCUAUCACAGCAGCUGCUAUACCUUUAAAAAAGUAUAUCAAGAAUAAAGCUUCGCGGGAUGAAAACAUUGAGGUGGAUAAAAGUUCAGCCAAUAGCUUAGUCAGUUCCGAAUGGAGGAGUCCCUCUGAAACAAUCAGGUUCUUCAACAGCACUCUAACGUACCCAGUAAUGCCAAAGAUAGAGAAAGACCUGAAUGAUUCCAGUAGUGACGAUGGCAUCGAGGAAGCCAUUCAAAGAUACCAGUUAGAGAAAAAUGAGCAGAGCAAAAGGGAAGCCUUUAAUCCACAAACAUUCCAAGAAGAUUCUGACUCCACCAGCGAUGAUGGGAUUGAAGAAGCUAUCCGGAGCUACCAACUUGAGCAACAGAAAGAGAAUAGCCCCCAGAAGCAACUGUUCUACAAGCCGAACGCCCCUAUCAAGUCAGCGGUACAUGCCACUGGAAGUACAAACUCUGAUGACGUGAAGAAAAACAAGCUGAAGAGAAAAAAAGUUAAACCAGGGAAACAGACUCAAACUCCAUUUGUUUCCAAACCCAAGACUUCACUGUCAUUCAACCCCAAGGUCAAGGGAAAUGGACUACCUUCUUCGAAAGUAGAGACUAAAGAGCAGUCAGCUUCUGCUCCUUCCAAAGUUAACACCACAGCAGAACUGAUGUGUGCUGAAGCAAUACUGGACAUUUCCAAAACCGUAAUGCCUGGAGCCUUCCAUCAGGGCAUUGCCCUCGGCACGUGUGCUUCGGCUCAACCUUCCACAAUGUCCUCUCUUCCUGACAGACACCGAUAUGAAGAAAGCAACGACAGUUCCAUUGACAGUGAGGAUGGGAUUGAGCAGGAAAUCAGGAAAUUUCUUGAGCAGAAAGCCCAAAUGCACAAACAGCCACCCACUGUGGAAGAGCCUCGUGGUGUUGUUGAUCCAGAGAAGGGGAAAGGGAAAGAUGCUGCUAUUCAACAGAAAUCACAAAGGCUGUCUUUAACGCAGAAAAGAAAACAGAAGGAGAAAAGCAUAACUGUGGCAAAUAUGUUAGGAGCUGAUGACAAAUGUAAAGAAACUACUAAGCAUGCACGAGAAUCUAACGCCUCGACACUUCCGCAGAGAAGUCAACCCCAACCAAGCACAGCAUUACACCAGGCAGACCAAAGUGGAGACAAAAGCAGUUCACUUGACAGUGACGAGGACCUCGACACUGCGAUCAAAGACCUGCUAAAGACAAAAAAGAAAUCGAAGAAAAAGAUCAAAGACAUGAAAAAGAAACACAGGAAGUGCAUCAAAGAUGAAGAACCGCUGAUGGGAAAUGCUUUACCCAACAGAAAGUUCAAACACGAGCCUGACUCAAAGUGUAGUGAUUUGAAAAAAGUACACGGGGGCGACAAUGACGUAAAAGACAAGUGUGGAUUCAGUAAAAAUAAUGUCUCACAACAAAAGCCAAUGGAUAAAUGUAAGGAGGGUGAUACAGCAGACAUUGUGGUAGGGGAAAGAAUAGAAACUAAGUCACGACAAACUGUUGAACCACUUCAUCGAACGGACGAUGAGAGCAGCUCAGUAGACAGUGAUGACAGCAUCGAGCAAGAGAUAAGAAGGUUUCUGGCUGAAAAGGCCAAAGUUUCCACAGGAGACAAAGGUAAAGAUGGAGCUUUGUGUAGAAACGGAUCCCCUGUGGUUCAAGAUUCAGAGGUUCAAUUUCCACUUAAAGACUUCAAACCGGAGACUCAGCUGGCUGAGAUUUCUCCAAAACACAUCAGUGCUGUCUCUGCAUCUCAAGUAGGGACCCAACAGAGGUUCUACCCUGAAGUCUCAUCCUCCAGCCCACAGUCACAUGCCUCUUCAGUCCAGUCCUGCAGUCCCAGUCUUCUGGAGCCGGCCGAUGGCGCAGGAGCAGUGAAGAACCAGCAAAGGAGGUCCAACACUGCCAGAGAUGGCCUAAUCAAUGGCAGCCAACAGGCGGAAAGUGGAACAGCUUCAAGUCCCAACUAUGCUCGCUCCCUUGCAGAGUCAAUUAAGUGGCGCCAGAGCCUGGGGCUUCCAAUUCCCGACCCAAGGGCUCUAAGCAGGACUCCUUUUCACAUCACCUCUUCGGAGAGACGAGACACUUCAUCAGAAAAUAGGGACCUAAAAUCACAAAUUCCGGCUGCCGGCUGGUGUUCUUCAAGGAGCAGCAGAGCGCCGUUUUCUGCCUCUACAGAGACAGGUGCAAAUGUCACAGCUAGACCCCCUGUUUUGAAAUUUUUCUCUGCUGCUAGGCAGCAUUCAAAGAUGACCUUUACACAGAGCCUUACGCCUGGCAACAGGUCCCAGUUCUCCAUGGAAGAAGGGCGGGCGAGUACGGUGCAUGUGCCUAAGGACAAGAGUGUGUUUGUAGAGCUGGAAACUAACAGGACCAACCACGUCCAGGUUCAAAGCAGGGAAAGGAGUGAGGGAAAGGAGCAGGCAGACUCGCUGAGAGAGCGAAAAAGAGAAGGCAAGAGCACGAAGAUUGGUGAUGAAGGAGCUGAUCAAGACAGAAAGGAUGAAGAGUUUAUAGAUGAGUCAGAUUGUGAAUCAGACAGCAGGAGAGAUCCAGAUAAGAUGCAGGGCUUUCCAGCGUUGUAAGUAUUUGCUUUGAUCACUAUUCCUCAACAGCAUCAUAGUUCUAUAUGUUAACUUCCUAAUGUCGCCCUACUAAUUGAUAUCAUAUUUCUUAAGCUCAUUCAUGUAUCUAAGGGAAUACUUGUUAAUAUAUCUAAACAAAAGAUGCUCUUUUUUAUAUAUAUAAAAUGUGUAACACAGUGGCAUCAUCCCAUUUUUGUGCUCUAAUAUUAUUUCAUAUCCUUAAUCCUUGGAAAAGCAAUACAGUGGAGUUUUGGUACAACAAGAAGACGAAGUUGCAACACCAAGACAAUGUCAUAAUAACUUUUAAAAAAAAAAAAGUAAAAUAUUUGGGCUGAUCUUUUUUAUAUUGCCACUUGGAAAUGCAGGGUAGCAAAAAUGAUUUUAGAAAUAUUACAUGAAAUGAGUAUCUUUGGAGCGAUCUAUCAGUCUUUCAUAUUGAAGAGUCAAGAUUAACCGUGUAUUACGUUAUUGUUUUCAUUCCUCAUACGUGCAGCAGAUAAAAUGUAAUGUUUUUUUCUUUGUCAAGUCAAAAUAAAACAAAAUCUGAGUUAAAAAACAGACCAGUGAGCAAAAAUUUAUUAUUACAGUAAAUCAUUGUGAGUUGAUGUAAAAAUAGCCUUUGACUAACUUGUCCAAGAAGAGAAUUUACUGUUUCCCCCCACAUUUCUUCAACUGUUUAUUUUUUCCCCCACACCAAACCGUUUUCAGUGUUGAACCUGAGCUAUUGCUCGCCUCACGGCAAUUUUUCUCCAUUUCCACUAGCAAAAUAGGAUGCCUGUGUCAUAGGAAAAUUUGGUAUACUUAACCCCAGAAGGACAGAAAACCAUAAAAUACAAUCUUAUGAGCCACAUGUCUAAAAUAUAAAUUACAUUUUUACUUGUAUAUAUUUUUUUAUUUUACUGAGCUUUCUUUUGUUGCAAAUGGAGUUCUAAAUCAGAAGAAAAAACAAAAAUAUAGUAUAGUAUAGUAUAGUACAACUCAAACCAUAAAUCCACAGUCACAGAUUGUUGAAAUCAAGCAGCUGAUAUUUAAAAAUUUGUUUGCUGAAUAUGGAGAAAAAUCUGAAUUUCUGUAGUUAAAACUCUCUCAGUUCUGUGAUCCUUUACAGAAAGUUUUUAAAACAUAAAACCAGACUGGUUUUUAACUGAGUUUAUAAAACUAACUCUAAAAACUAAGUGUAGAAACUGCCUUGGUUCAGCAUUAGAACUGCUUUGGUGGAUGAAAACAAACAAAACAGAAGUGGCUUUUUCUACACUGAAGGUCUGACCAGAUCGACUUCAGUCCUUUGAAAAUAUACAAGAUAAAUGGGUUAUGAAAUGUCUGUGAGGUUAAUAAACCACCUCUUUGUAUUUUGAUUGUGACUCUUCAUUUUCUUGUCUAUGCCACAAGUGGUCUUAUCAACAUUACCACACAAAAUCAAAACAUUAAACAUUUUUUGCUUCUAAAGAUCUGUUCAGGUUUUAUUUCUUACAGGUACAAAACCCUUUUUGAGCGAAACGAGCUCAAUAAAAUGUAAAACAAAAGUGACUGAAUUGCUUAUAUUUUGAACAGAACAGAAAAGAUUACUUCUACUGCUGCUAGAAUAAUGCUACAUCUUGGUUAUUAUAGUUUUGGUAAUAUUAUCCAUAGCCUUUAUUUAACGUGUGUGGUUUUUGCAACUGGGAAUAUUUCAAAAUGGACACAUUUGUCUUUCUUGUAAGCAAGAUGAAUGUGUAGCGACCUUCCUUCUGCCAGCUGCCUGGCAGUGUGCAGCACCGGUCACUCUGGCAUCUGAUUAACGGGACAUUACAAAAUGGAAAUUAUGAAACAUUUCUUGAUACCAGGUAUACUUUCAACAUGACUAAGAUCUUGAAACAAUCAGAUGUUAUUGUGUGUAACUGUACGCUUUAAAGUCAUUUACAGCUCUGCUGCUGAGGAACGCCACUAACGGUGUCAGACCUUUGUAACCUCUGCGAUGAAGAUUGUUGUUCCAGAUUCCACUGAAACCUCGCCAUCGACCCUCUCUGUCUUACUGCAUGUGAUCUGUUAUGUGCUCAUUUCUUUGUCAUAUCGAAGAUUUUCUUUGCGACAAAAAAGCUAUUUAUUUUUGUCUAUUGAAAAAAAAAUGGAAUCAUUACUGAACAUGCUGUGCAUGUUGCCUGCAUGCCGGACUUUUUUUUGUAAAUAUUUUUUAACUUUUUUUUUUCUCUUUCAUUCUUUGGAUUAAAAGACAACUUUUGCUGUACCUUUUAAGUGUAAAAUAAAGAGUCAAGUCUGAACAUAA